CCCUACAAUGAUUUGUAGCAAUUGCUUAGUAUUUUUUUUUAAAAUUAUAUUUAAUUCGAAAAAAAAUACUAUCUCAGACCUGAAGAGAGCCAUGGAAGACGGAACUUUCUAUGUCCGAUAAUUUAGAAGGGAAAGAAAUUUGAAGUUAUGGAAAAGAGGGAGUGAAAGGUUUGGUAGUGCUCUAACAACAACACCACUCUCCUCUCCUCAGUCCUCACUAUAUGCUGCAGUUUGUGUACGCCAGUUGAAGACAAUUCCUUUUAACGCCCACAGCCUGUUUGAUAAAAUACCACUGACACUGAGGACUUAGAAGUCUCUGCUUUCAGAAUACAUGGUGACGUGGCAAUGCUGACAUUACUGCCCAGUCAUCUGAUUUAACGGCCAACCAGGUUGAAAUCGGUCAACAUCCACUGCCCUGCCCUAUUCACUCCAACGACUCCUCCCUCAUAUUCGUCGCCGGAGCUGAGACUUUGUUCGGAUUUGGCUCUAUACAACGUUAAAAUUCUCCUUUCUUCUAUAUUUGGCAAGAUCAUCCCCAACCGUCAUCUUCAUCUUCACUGCCGGGCAUUUUGAUUUUUCUCUGAAAAGAAAGACCCGAAUCUCAUCUCACCAUGAGACAAAGAAAGCAUCCACCUACUAUUCCACUAGAGAGUAACACAGCUCAAAAACCCAAUCCUAAAAGGGAUUCAAAAAUCCAAGCUUUACUCACUUCUUCAAGAGAAGUGUUUAUUAUAUGUUUGGUUGCACGGAUUAUAAAUUCUCUCCUGGUACAGACUUAUUUCAAUCCGGAUGAACAUUGGCAAGCCCUUGAAGUUGCUCAUCAUAUCACAUUUGGAUAUGGGCAUUUGACAUGGGAAUGGAAAAAAGGCAUAAGGAGUUACUUGCAUCCAUCAAUUUUUGCUCUUCUUUAUAAAAUUCUUACGUUUUUAAAGCUUGAUAGCCCUUGGUUCAUGAUAAGGGCACCUCGACUUCUGCAGUCUCUUUUCUCUGCUGUAGGUGAUCUUUACAUGUAUAAGCUCUCUCGAGUGUUAUUUGAUGACCAUGUUGCAAAAUUGGCGCUCUUUGCACAAUUGACCAAUUGGUUCAUGUUUUUCUCGCUCACUCGCACUUUGUCUAAUAGUUUGGAGACAGUUCUUACACUCGUGAGCCUCUACUACUGGCCUUGCAUUAGAAAAUCUUCCAAAACAACUUCCUUGGGUUCAAGAAAGUGGGCUUUGGUUGUAGCUGCAUUGGCGUGUGCCAUACGGCCAACAAGUGCCAUUACAUGGCUGUAUGUUGGUCUUCUGGAGUUGUACCUUACUGAUGAAAAAAUUGUUUUCAUUCUUCUUGAGGUGAUUCCUAUUGGGACAUUGGUACUUGGAGUCACACUUGUGUUGGAUCGGUGGAUGUAUGGCACUUGGGUCUUUGUGCCUCUUAAUUUUCUGAAGUUCAACUUUCUCUCUUCUGGUGGUGACUAUUAUGGAACUCACGUAUGGCACUGGUACCUAAGUCAGGGAUUUACAGUGAUGCUCUUCACAUUUAUACCAUUUUCUUUAGCAGGCAUUGCCAUGUCUAAGCAAUGGAAACUUUCUGGUCUUAUUGCAUGGGUUUUGGGGAUUUAUAGCUUGUUAGGCCACAAAGAGUUCAGGUUUGUCCUCCCCAUACUUCCUAUAGCUUUAAAGUUCUCCGGGUACUCACUAGCAAGAAUAGGAGUGGCCAGUAAAUCAAAUGACCAUGAUCAAAGAUUUUCAAGGACUAGUUACUCGUGCUUAUCUCGAAAGCAUCUUGCCAUAGUCUUCCUACUCAUCACAAAUCUUCCAAUGGCUUUGUAUAUGAGUAUGGUCCAUCAGAGAGGAACCGAGGAUGUGAUGAACUAUCUUUCCGUGGAAGCAGUUGAUGGAAAUGUAAGAAAUAUCCUUUUCUUGACACCCUGCCAUGCCACACCUUACUACUCCACUCUUCACCGUAACCUUCCUAUGCGUUUCUUGGAUUGUACACCAAGUGAAGAGAAAGGAAUGCUAGACGAGUCUGACCGGUUCAUGUUGGACCCAGUUGGUUUUGCGACUGAAUUUGCAAAAAAUUGGUCUUUACCUAGCCACAUUGUGAUGUUCGACGCACAGGAAAAACUAUUGAAAGACUUUCUGGUUUCGCACAAUUUCAUGGAGGUAAAAAGGUUCUUUCAUGCUCACUUCAAGGUGGAUCGAGAGCUUCAGUCAUCUGUUGCUGUAUAUGCAUCCAAAGGCCACUGAGAAUCUUGUCUUUCACAUCCUAAACAUCUGCUUCAAGUUAGGCAUUUCAAUAUCCAUCCUUAUUCUCUAUGUUCUCAACUAUAUUUUUCUCAAUCUUAACAUACCUUAGGGUGUCUCUUUAACUUCAUAGUUAGAAAGUUUUAUUGCGAUUUUGUAGGAAAAUUCUGCAUUUAAGUAAAAUGUGUUUUGGUUUCCUCUA